AAGAAUAGUUGAUUGCGGCGGGCAAGUGCAACGUUUUGCAAAAUAAUUAAACAUUUUCAGUUUUGCCUUCCAACAGUUUCAAUAGAGCACUCGGUACAUAAUGGCCUGCAAAGGAUGCGGAACUAACUGUCAGUGCUCGGCACAAAAGUGCGGCAACAAUUGUACCUGCAACACAGACUGCAAGUGUGUGUGCAAAAAUGGACCCAAGGAGCAAUGUUGCAGCAGUAGCAAAUAAUCAGCAAUUUCUGGACUCUGACAGCAUGAAUGGAUCAAGCAGAAAUCGUUGUGGAAAAAAGAGAAUGAAAUAUGAAUUAAAUAUUUGCAUUUGACGUCGAGAGAAAUUGAUAAAUAAAUUCAAAAAGCAACCAAAAUUUUUAGCUUGGACAUCAAGUAAAGUUGACUUCUCCAUUUCGUAUUUAUGCUAAAAAUUGCCACAUUUCACAUUGAUGUAGUCCAGAGCA